UAAUAAUCAAUCCUUGGCAAAACAGAAAAGAAAAAAAAAAAAAAAAAGGAAAAGAGCGAGAGAGAAAAAUGGGAACGAGAUCAAAUUUCUACAAGAACCCUUCCCUCUCUUACAAGAAAGAUUUAAGUCUCUCCUCUGCUCUUCAAAACCUAAAAGCAUAUAAUAUCGCCACCGGAAAUGCUCCUCCUCCCGUCGAAGAACAAUCUCAUGUUGACAACAAAAGCGCGUGCAAGAAACGCUCGAGAGAGCGUAAGCCAUUGUCACCGCCUCACGUUAGCCAUGAAAUUGAAGACAACGAUGGACCUAUGUCUCAUCAGGAUUACAUUCAAAGAAGAAGGAGAGAAGUUAGUUCAACUCAGGGUUACGAGGAACUCAGUACGGAUAUUUUGCAAGCUUCCAAUUCGAGUGUAAAUUUGGUAGACUAUGGAAGUGAUGGAAGUGCUUCUUCUGACGAUAAAGAAACUCCAGAUCCUCCAGAUUCUGGUGAUGUGAAUGAAGUAGAUCAGGUUAAAAGAAGAAGUGAGCAACGUUUUCCUCUUCCAGGAGAACCUGUUUGUGUAGUUUGUGGUAGAUAUGGAGAAUAUAUAUGUGAUAAGACUGAUGACGAUAUUUGCAGCAUGGAGUGCAAAUCUGCUCUUUUGCAAAGUCUUCAAAUAACUGAGAAAUCCUUGAGUGACCGAAAUCCAUCUCUCCCAUCAUCUGAACUUGCAUCUAUCUAUCCAUUGCCUGAACUUUCAGAGGACACUUGGGAUUACGACCACCAUCGCUGGUCCAAAAAGGGAUCUAGUCUUUGUACCUACAAAUGUUGGAAAUGCAAGAGGCCUGGACACCUUGCUGAAGAUUGCUUGGUCACCACACCUGAGCAGGUGGCCCUGAGGCAGAGCAAGCCUACUUCCAUAUCCAGAGAUCUUCUUGAACUGUACAGAAGGUUUAUACAACUCAAUUUCAUAUGCCAUCAGGUAGGCAAAAACUUAUCUAGGGCAAGCUGUGAUGUAUGCCGCGGCUCAAUAGGCUUAGCCACAUGUCUUGAUUGCAGCACUGUCAUUUGUGACAAGUCAUUUGAAUGAACAUAUCUGUACCCAUCCAUCUCAUAAACAGUACUACUCACAUAAACUCAAGCGACUGGUGAAAUGCUGUAAGUCAACGUGCGAGGUGACUGACAUUAAGGAUCUUUUGAUUUGCCACUACUGCUUCGAUAAGGCCUUUGACAAGUUCUACGAUAUGUAUACUGCAACCUG